AUGACUGAUUUGGGCUGCAAGAAACAUAGUGACUGCACUGUCUCCAGGCUGCUCAAUGUGGUGGAGAACGAGCUCCAAGCUGGCAGAGACAAAGGAGACCCCACCGAAAAACAGCUCCAGGUUGUCUUAGAGGAUGCUGCACUAUGGCAGAGAUUCAGAGAAGUUACUAAUGAGAUGAUUGUCACGAAGAAUGGCAGACGGAUGUUCCCUGUCUUAAAGAUCAGUGUCUCGGGCUUGGAUCCCAAUGCCAUGUAUUCUUUCCUGCUUGAUUUUGCUCCGACUGACAGCCACCGCUGGAAGUAUGUGAAUGGAGAAUGGGUCCCAGCCGGAAAGCCAGAGCCGUCGAAUCACAGUUGUGUCUAUAUCCACCCAGACUCUCCCAACUUUGGGGCGCACUGGAUGAAGGCUGCGGUAUCUUUCAGUAAAGUGAAACUUACCAACAAGUUGAAUGGCAAUGGGCAGAUUAUGUUGAAUUCUCUGCACAAAUAUGAGCCGCAAGUUCAUAUUGUUCGAGUUGGAGGCCCACACAGGAUGGUAAUGAAUUGUUCCUUUCCUGAAACUCAGUUCAUAGCUGUGACUGCUUACCAAAAUGAAGAGAUAACAGCUCUCAAGAUCAAGUACAACCCCUUUGCCAAAGCUUUUCUGGAUGCAAAAGAAAGAAACCACCCCAAGGAUGCUUCAGAUAUUGUCUCUGAAAGUCAGCACAUCACAUAUUCUCACUUGGGUGGCUGGUUGAUUUCUAACCCAGAUGCCAUGUGCACAGCAGGAAGCUCAAGCUAUCAGUAUGGUGGGACUUUUCCUCUGCCUGCUGCCCAUUCUCACCACGGCUGUGAGCACUAUUCGGCCCUUCGAGGACAUAGGGCUGUUCCAUACCCUGCUUCAUACAUGCAAAGAAAUCACUCUCCAACAGUGAAUUUGAUAGAAAGCAGCAACAAUGAUCUUCAAGUGCCAUCGGUCCACGAAGGCUGGGCUGCAGUACCCUCCAGUCACCAUGGCAACUUGCUCCCAGUGCCUCACAACAGUGGUACGGCCACCCCGGGUCCGAGUCACUAUCCAUGCCUAUGGACGGUCAGCAACAAUGCCCUCAAUGUGGCCAACCUUGCGAAUGAUGCAAGCAGCAGCCCUCCUGGACCGUUCCUGAGAAGCAACAUUGCAUUGCCUGCCACAUCGUCCUCUGCUUCAAUUCCUUUGCAGGGGACAGUUGCCAGCAGCAUGGAAGCACAACUGGAGCCCACUUUCUCCAGGUUAACAGAGUCCACCUGGGCAUCUGUAGCCUCCCAUUCGUUUUAAAGGACCACUGGGCAGUGCAAGAAUGCCUGGUAGCACCCUGGACAGAACAGGAUUUAAGGCUGCCAUUCUUGCAGCAAAGAAAAGAACAUGUUUAGUGAUGUGCCGGCUUUUACAAAUCUUGAAAUCUUGGAUGGUGAUUUGGGCA